AUUACAAUCAUGUGCGCUACCUUAUGAUGUUGUCCGCAACUUCACGUAUUAGUUGCCUAGAAAGCAUAUAAACAAGCAAUUUUUAUGCUUGAAUUCAAAACUUAAUUAAAGAAUUAGGUAGAUUAAAAUUGCUGGUUUACAUUAUAUUCUACCUUAUAUGGACAAAGAACGUAAAAGUGUUAGUUUUGGAGUUCGUUUCCUUAUCAACUUCAUUCGAUAUCUGGCUAGACAAUUAAAAAAGGAAUGUUUUACUCCAUUACUCUUUAUUUUAUUACUCAUUAUAAACGCCGGUUUUUAUGAAUAUGCUGCUUAUCAAAUUGGGCUGAUUGCAUCGAAUUUCUUUGCUGCAUUAACUACUAAACAUUAUGACCGAUUUAUAUGGACUUUAAAAUUGUCAAUUAUGUAUAUAUUUAGUGGUUCUUUAGCAUUAGGUGUACAGAAUAUGGUCAUGGGACAUUUAUCCCUUAUCCUUCGUGAAGUUUUAACAAAAAGUUUACAAAAUGUUUAUUUCAAACGGAGAAAUUUUUAUGUUCUAAAUACACUAAUCGAUAUAGACAAUCCUGAUCAACGAAUUACUCAAGAUAUUAAUGUAGUCUGUGAUCUACUCACUAAAGUGAUUGUGUCGGUGGCUUUAAAUCCCCUAUUGAUUAUAUUCUACACGUAUAUGUGUGUAAACAAAGCUGGUUGGUUAGGUCCAAUCUCAGCGUAUAUCCUAUUCGCUAUAUUUGCUUUGAUUACUCGAUUUUUCGCCUCUUGGAGUUCAUCAGCAUCAUAUGAACAUCAAAAACAAGAAGGAAAUUUCAGAUUUAUUCAUACUAAACUACGAUGUUCAGUUGAAAGUGCAGCAUUUCUUAAUUUUGGUGAAUCGCUUAAUGUCAUUUCAUCGAAUUCAUUCAAUCAAUUAUUUCAUGCUAUACGAGUUUUUAUUAAUCGAAAUUCUGUUGUAUUCUAUUUAACUCAACUUAAUGCUUAUUGUGGUGGUGUAUUAAACUAUGUGGUACUUGGCAUUGUAUUGUUCAAUGGUCCAAUUCGAGAAAUGUCAGCUUCUGAAAUUACUGUUUUAAUUAGUCAGACAAGUUUCUUCCUACUUUAUCUGAUUAAUAAACUGACAAAAUUAAUCGACUUGUCGAGUGAUAUUUCCCAACUUGUUGGUGUUGGACACAGAAUUUUAAAUUUUGACACAUACAUACAAGAUAUCAAUUUGUAUCAUACACCAGCGGAAUAUCAUGCCUCUAGUCGUACUCAAUGGUUAUUUCUAAAGUCAAAAUCAUUCAGAGUUCCAAAGGAAGGUGGUGACAUUUCAGACUCUGCAGAGCUAAAUGAAACGAGAUCUGAAGACGCUAAAAUAAGUGCUCUUCACGAUUACCAUCUUUUACCUGCCCCGGUUAAACGACGUGUUCGUGCUCUGAAGAAGUUGCAGUAUGAGACACUAAAAAUCGACUCGCAGUUUUUUAAAGAACUUUUUGAGUUGGAAGCUAAGUAUGAUAUUCAGCACCAGCAACUAUUCUCCAAGAGACGGGAUAUUGUAACCGGGGAAGUUGAACCGAAUGAUGAAGAGUGUGACUGGCCAUCGGAUGACGAAGAUGUGGACAAUCUCUCUGAGAACGUUAAAGAAAAAGUCACAGUAUCAAAGGAGACAGAGGAUAAAGCUCUUGAAGCAGAUAGCAAGGGGAUCCCAGACUUCUGGUUAAAAACACUGCAGAACAUUUCUCUGUUUGAUGAAAUGGUUCAGGAACACGAUCGUGACAUACUUAAACACCUAGUGGACGUGAAAUGCGUUCUCAAUACAGGCGAGGAAGCAGGAUUCACACUUGAAUUCUACUUUUCUCCAAACAAAUACUUCACAAACACUGUCCUGACCAAACAAUAUUAUUUCAAUUAUGAAAUCCCAAGUGAUGAUCCCUUCGGAUAUGAAGGACCAGAAAUUGUUCGUGCUAAAGGUUGUGUGAUAAACUGGAAUCCAGGAAAAAAUGUAACUGUGAAGUUGGUGAAGAAAGUUCAAAAACGAAAAUCUGGAGGCGCUAAAAGAACUGUAACGAAAAGUGUCCGGGAAGAUUCGUUCUUCAAUUUCUUCUCACCUCCCGCAGAAAAUCUAUCUGAUGAUUUGGAUGAGGACACAGAGUUGUUACUUGAGUCAGAUUUCAAACUUGGUCAAUUUCUAAGAGAGAGUGUCAUCCCCAGAGCAGUUCUUUACUUCACUGGUGAAGCCGUCGAUUCAGAGUAUGAUGACGAUGACGACGAGUUCGAUGAUGAAGAUCUGUCGGACGAAGAUGAUGAUGAGGAUGAUGACGAUGAAGAUGAGAAAGAAAAUUCCCAUUCACAUCCCGCUCGAGGAGGAAGACAUAACCGCGCUCCACAUAGAUCAAAACAAGGUAACCGAAAUGCUGACGAACGACCAGAAUGCGCCCAGCAAUAA